AUGAACAUCACCAGUGACACCUCCGGCUCCAGCCCGGGCAGUGCCACAGGGAGCCCCAAGAACAUCCUGUACUCAGCCAGCAGUUUACCUCACACCUUGGACGACUUGCUGGCUAGCUUGUCAGUCCCAGACAAAGUUGCCCGCAAGCCCCCACUCAACCGGCCUCGCCGCAGCAGCAGCCCGAGCGUCCUGGUGGACCUAGACAUGAGUGACGGGGAGACGAGUCUCUCGGACAGUGGCUCCGAGUCGCCUGUGUGUGUGGAACUGCCACCACAGCCCUUCAUUUACGAGCACACCGUCAGCAGCACCACCGCUCAGGUUUCCUGGACUGGCCCACGCAGUGGUGAGCUGAUUUCCUUCUAUGAGCUGCAGCUUCAGGAGGCCCGGCUAGCUGGUCAAGGCAAGAACAUCCACUGGUUUUGCUCACAGACGGAAGAGCACUUGGAGAACCUAAGCCCUGACACCAUGUACUUGAUCCGCGUGCGAGCUCUGAACGUGGCAGGUUCUGGGAAGUGGAGUGCCCCCUAUAAGUUUGGUACAAUGCCUCCGGUUCCAGGCCUGCCCCUGGAUCCAUCUCCCGUCACUAUCACCGUGCGACGACACAGGAAGCCCCAGAAGAAAACUAUCUUUAUUCCUGGCCCUUAAGAGGACGUGCAGUACAGCAAUAAAGGAC